UCAGGACCAUGAGCACAGCCUUCCCUGGGACCCUCCGAGGGCUGAGGAUGGCUGUCCGGCCCACUCCCCAGGGCGCCCCUCGGACGGCUGCAUCCUCCUAGCGCCAGGACGGAGGGGCCAUGCCAGGGGAACGGCCCCGAGGAGCACCAGCCCCCACCAUGACAGGAGACCUGCAGCCCUGCCACAUUGCCAGCAGCCUGGGGCGCCCCUCCCAGGCCCCACUGGAGGACCACAGCCCAGCCAGCAGGACUACCAAGGGUGUCAGGGAAGUUGGCGGCCGGGCCCAGGCCAUGGAGCUCCCCGAGGCCCAGCCAAGGCAGGCCAGGGAUGGGGAGCCCCAGCCCCCACCCCUGAGAGGCCAGGCCCUGAGCAGCACCCCUACGAAGGGGGGCAGCCCCCAGACACCGCCGGGGAGGAGCCCCUUGCAGGCUCCCUCAAGACCGGUGGGCAAGGCAGACGGCAGCCCCCCAAAGCACUAUAGUCUGAGCAUCGCCGGCUCGAGAGCCAAGGCCACCCUGGACCAGAUGCCUGAGAACCCACCGCUGGAGGCUGCCCAGCCCCCAGAGGUGGAGGCCCUCCGGGGCCCUGGGACGGGAGCUCCCCUCAGGCCCGGCCUCUCAAGGACUGAGGCCCAGCCCACUGCUGAAGAGCUCGGCUUCCACAGCUGCUUUCAGGAGACACGCUCCAGCUUUACCUCCAUCAACUAUACCUCACCAAGCGCCACACCCAGGCCCCCAGCCACAGGGCCCCCCCAGAGCAGGGGCGCCAGCCCCCUCCAGCCCAGCCCCUAUCCUGAAUUUCAGGCCAGUGGGGCCGACUCCUGGCCUCCCGCUGCUGAGAAUAGCUUCCCAGGUGCUAAUUUCGGGGCUCCCCCUGCCGAGUCAGAGCCCAUUCCCACGGGCAGCAGGCCCAGCGGCAGCCCCGUGGGGGCUUCCUUCCAGUUCCCCUUCCCAGCUCUGCAUGGGGCUGGUGCUAAACCCUUCCCUGCGAACAUGGCCAGCCACGCAUUCACCGACGGGCCCCUGGUGUUUGCCUUCCACCAGCCCCGGGGAGCGUGGCCGGAAGAGGCCAUGGGCGCUGGCCCAGCCUACCCACUGCCCACCCAGUCUGCACCCUCACCCCUGCCCUGCUACCAGGGCCAGCCAGGUGGCGUCAACCCCCACAGCAACCUCAGUGGUGCCCUGUCUCCGCCUGGAGCUGCUCACUUGGCCCCGAGACCCUUCUCUGACACUUUGCACAAGAGCCUGACCAAAAUCUUUCCCGAAAGACCACGUCCAGCCCAGGAUGGGCUGGGGAGCCCAAGGGAGCCCCCUAGCUCCCUGCCCCAGAGGCACUUCCCAGGGCAGGCGUAUGGAGCCAGCCGGGUGGACACCAGCCCAGGGCCUCUGGACACUGAGCUGGCCACCCCAGGGCCCGCACCCCCUAGGCUGCCCCAGCUGUGGGACCCCACAGCAGCCCCUUACCCCGCAGCUGCCAAGGGCCCCCUGGCUGCCACCAGGAGUGCCUUCUUCAAUGGCCAGCCCAGCCCAGGCCAGCGGCUCCGCCUCUCACAGAGUGCACCCUUGCCGUGGCCCCAGGCGCUCCCGACCGCUGGGCCAAGCCCCCACGGAAUGGAGAUGCCGAGCCGGCUGCCUUUCCCUGCUGGGGCCCCUGAGUGGCAGGAGGACAGCCACAGAGCCCUGAGCACUGCUGGCAAGACACCGGGACCCGGGGAGAAGCUGGCAGCCAUGAGAAGUGGCCCGGACGCCUCCCCCGCGCUGUUCACCUACAAUGGGCUGACAGACCCCGGAGCCCAGCCCCUGUUCUUCGGGGUGGCCCAGCCCCAGGUUUCACCCCACGGCACACCCAGCCUGCCCCCACCCAGGGUGGUGGGAGCCUCCCCCAGUGAGUCCCCACUGCCAUCACCGGCCACCAACACGGCCGGCAGCACCUGCUCUUCACUGUCGCCGAUGUCCAGCAGUCCAGCCAACCCCAGCUCAGAGGAGAGCCAGCUCCCCGGCCCACGCGGGCCCUCCGCCUUCUUCCACCCACCCACUCAUCCCCAGGAGACGGGCAGCCCCUUCCCAUCCCCGGAGCCCCCCCACUCCCUCCCCACCCACUACCAGCCAGAGCCGGCCAAGGCCUUCCCUUUCCCUGCAGAUGGGCUGGGAGCUGAGGGUACCUUCCAGUGCCUGGAGGAGACCCCAUUCCCCCACGAGGGCCCCGAGGUGGGCCAGGGAGGGCUGCAGGGUUUCCCCCGGGCACCACCGCUCUACCCUGCCCAGCACUUCUCCCUCAGCAGCGCCAGCCUGGACCAGCUCGAUGUGCUGCUGACCUGCAGGCAGUGUGACCAAAACUACAGCAGCCUGGCAGCCUUCCUGGCACACCGGCAGUUCUGCGGCCUGCUCCUGGCCAGGGCCAAGGAUGGCCACCAGCGUUCCCCGGGUCCCCCUGGGCUCCCCUCGCCCACCACUGCCCCCAGAGUCCCCGCCAACGCACAUCCCGGCAUGCUCAACCACUCGAAGGCCUUCCUGCCGGCUGAGGAUGUCCAGGCCGAGGGCAAAGACGACCCCCUGAGAACCGGCUUCUCACCCAGCCCGGCCGCCAUCCCCUUCCCGCUCCCCGCCUCGGACCUGGACAUGGAGGAUGACGCCAAGCUGGACAGCCUCAUCACCGAGGCGCUCAACGGCAUGGGGUUCCACUCGGACAGCCCCGAGAUCGACAGCAGCUUCAUCGACGUCUUCGCAGACGAGGAGCCUUCCGGCCCUAGAGGUCCCAGCACUGGACAGCCCCCUAAGACGAAGGCAGAGGUGACUCCGGAGAACAAAGCGCCACCCCCACUCCCAGCAGCCACACGAGACCCCCAAGCUCCCCGCCCUGGGGACAGAGGCUGCCCAGCCCGAGGCAGGCCCAAAACGCGUUCCCUGGGUCUGGCCCCCACGGAGGUGGACAAGCCCAGCCAGGGCAGGCAGCAGAGGAGAGGGAAGCAGUUGAAGCUGUUCCAGAAGGAUCUGGACACCAGAGCAGCCGAGGGGCUGGGUGGGGGUGGCAGAGCCGCCCUGAGGCCCAGGAGGAGGAAGGGCAGUCGUGGGCAGCGGCCCCCACCCUGUCCCCGGGACCUUAGAACUCAGGCCCCCGAGAGCCAUGUAGACCCCACCCCCGAGGGCCAGAGAGCCGCCACCCUCCCUGAGGAGACCAGGACCUCCCCACGCCUCCGACUGCCCCCCAGGAAGGACUGCAGGAGGAGGAAGGCUCGGGACGGCGCUUGGGGCAAGGACCUCAUCCUGAAGAUAGUGCAGCAGAAGAACAAGCACUACCAGCGGCUGGGGCGGCAGGUGGGCAGGCGGGGGUCCCUGGCGGCCGAGAGGCCCCAGCCCCGUGCCAAGGACCGCAGGCUCCAGGAGUACGACUACGCCUCUGAGUCCGAGGAGGACCAGCCUCCUCCGCGGCGGGGUCCUGGCUUCAGAGGCCGGAGGUCCCGAGGUGAGAAGAGGAAGGAAGUGGACUUGACCCAGGGUCCCAGAAAGGAUGGAGAGCAGCAGAAGCACAGGAAGGCAGUGAGGCAGGAAGCCGGCGGGGACAGAGCCCCCCACAACCCCGAGGAGCCAGGCAGGCCUUGCCCAGACCCCAGCAGGAGCUCCGAGGCCCACGGCCCACCACAAAGCCUGGAGGCAGGAGCGGCUUCCAGGGAGAGAGGCCCCAAGUGUGCUGAUGACCCCUCACUGGCCCCCAAGGAUCCCCUGCAGGUCCCCACCAACACCCAGAGCCCCGAGGAAAACCACCCACCACUGGACUUCCCCCAGGAGGGCAAGGAGCCUGAAAUUGUCAAAGGGUCACCCGUGGACAUCACAGAACUCACAGGGGUUUUGAGUUCUUCUCCAGCCAGCUGUGUGGAAGGAAGCCCCAGUCUCCUGAUUCCAGAGCAGCCGCAGCCCAGCAGACAGGACAUGGGCAGCCCCAAGCUAUCGGGAAGCCUCUCCAACAUGGCACCCCACACCACUGUGGCGCCCCACAGGAGUGCACCAGCGCCAGGCCUGGGCAGCCUGCUGGAUGGCCCUGGGUGCACAAAGGCCCCCAUCUCCUGCAACAGAGAGGAACCCCCUGCCCACCAUCCUGCAGAAUUUCUGGCACCCAUGGCUAACCCCUCGAGUACUGCCUGCCCCAAACCCGGCAUUCUGUCUUCAAAGAUCUCCGGUUUUGGCUGUGAACCUGCUGGUUUUAAUGGAGACCCCGUGGGGGUUCCAGUUGCCACAAAGGGGCCUCAGCCCUACGGCAGCCCCCACAGUGAGUUGUUCCUUGGACCUAAAGACCUGGCUGGCUGUUUCCUGGAAGACCUGCACCCCAAGCCCCCAGCCAUGGACACCCCACCGACCAGCAGCUCCUGCCUUUGCCAGGACGGUGAGGAUGCUGGCCCCCUCGAGCCACUGCUGCCCAAGAGCCUCCCCGGCAUGGCCGGGACAGACCCAGGCAGAGCCACAUCGCCACUGACCUUGGAGUCCACGUCCCUUUUUCCAGGACUGCCGCUGGGCAGAUUCGACCCACCCCUCUACAGCAGCGUGUCUACAGACAGGGACCCCCAGGUGCCGUUCACAUGUGCUCACCCUACCCAGAAGCAGCCCCCAUCAGACCCACCGUUCUCCUCUUUUUUGCUGCUUGAAGAAGUACCCCCGAUGCUGCCCGACCAUUUUCCUGAUCCCUCAGGGGGAAAGGUGCUCAGUAAGACGUGUCCCCCUGAACAGACAGCAGCCCCCGGAGCCCCAGUUUUGCCUGGAAAGGGUAGUGGAUGUAGCGUUGCUCGUAUGAGCCACCUGUCCGAGGACGAACUGGAGAUCCAGAAAUUGGUCACCGAAUUAGAAAGUCAACUGCAAAGGAGCAAAGACACACCUGGGCCCCCAAGGGAGCUCGGAGAACCUGAGUCUGGGGGCAGGGUGGAGCCAGGCACGGGCAUGGGCACAGAGGCACCCUCCCUGCUGCCCACCUGCCAGGCCACCAUGCCCCACAAGGACACACUCUCAGUCACUGCAGAAUCCACUGCACCUCAGGAGGGUGCAGGACCCGCUGUGGCCACCAUGGAAGGGAUUCAGCAAAGGCCCACAGCGACAUGGCCCUGCCCAGCUUCCUUCCACCCAGGAAACUCAGCCCCCAUCUCCUGCGCCCAAGAAGACCUGGUUUCUGGGUCUCCUUUCAGCCCCACGGGAGCCAGCCUCCAUUUUCAGCUGGUGCAGAAAGCUGGGGUCUCCAAGACUGGACUCCACCGGGCAGAAGGGGACAGCGGGGCUCCCCAAGAUGUCUGCUUGCCUGGAGGGGACAUUGGGGCCCCCCAAGAUGUCUGCUUGCCUGGAGGGGACAUUGGGGCCCCCCAAGAUGUCUGCUUGCCUGGAGGGGACAUUGGGGCCCCCCAAGAUGUCUCCUUGCCUGAAGGGGACAGUGGGGCCCCCCAAGAUGUCUGCUUGCCUGGAGGGGACAGUGGGGCCCCCCAAGAUGUCUGCUUGCCUGGAGGGGACAGUGGGGCCCCCCAAGAUGUCUCCUUGCCUGAAGGGGACAGUGGGGCCCCCCAAGAUGUCUGCUUGCCUAGAGAGGACAACGGGGCCCCCCAAGAUGUCUGCUUGCCUGGAGGGGACAGUGGGGCCCCCCAAGAUGUCUGCUUGCCUAGAGAGGACAACGGGGCCCCCCAAGAUGUCUGCUUGCCUGGAGGGGACAGUGGGGCCUCCCAAGAUGUCUGCUUGCCUGAAGGGGACAGUGGGGCCCCCCAAGAUGUCUGCUUGCCUGAGCCCAGCAAGCAGCCAGGGCCACCACUGGAUGCCAGGAGUUUAGCAAGCCCUGGCCAGGAGCUUUCAUUUCCUAAAAAUAAGGAGGUCACCAGCUCACAAGAAAGUGAGGACACCCUGCGGCCGCUUCCCUGUGAAAAGAGAGGAUGGCUUUUCCCAGGACCCUGCACCGCAGAUGGGCCCCGCCCAGAGGCCCCCACUCUGGAAGCCUUCAGCAGCCCUGCAGUCCACCUGGCCCCUGACUUGGCAUUUCAGGGUGACGGGGCCCCACUGCUAGACGCCACCUGGCCUUUUGGUGCCCGUCAGAGCCAUGCUGCCCAGGGACAUUCUGCAGGCAGAGCAGGCGGGCGCCUCUACCCCGCAUCAGGGAGGCCUGGCGUUGAGGGUAAUGAGUUUGCACCAGCGGGGGCGUCCUCGAUGAGCACCCCCCGGGGCGGAGGGGCUUGGUUUGUCUCUGAGCCAAGUCCCGCCUGUGUGUCUGACACAGGUCCCAGCAGGAGGUCCCAGGACCCAGCCUCAAGCCCCCUACGUCAGCUCUCGAUCCUGGGGCCCGGAGCAGCUGAGAGUAAAGAUGGCACCCCAGCCUUGCAAGAGCCAGCACCUGCUGCCCAGAGCCCUCCGCGAGGGAACCCCUCAGAUCUGGAAGGGGGCACUGUGAAAGGAGGGAAGGUGGCCUGUGGCCCCGCCCUGGGCCCUCUGGAGGGCGUGGAGGUGACGACUGUCCCUGCAGUGGCCAGGCAGCAGCUGGGGCUGGAGGCAGAUGGCCAAGCUGAGAAAACCCAGGUCCAAGGCAGAGCCAGCCGGCUUCAGCCAGUGAACGGAGGGGGCCCAGGGGGGGCAGGUAACCUCUCCUCCGUCAAUGCCAGUCCCAAAACAGCACUGGCCAGGCCUGCCACGGGUGCAGUCCUGCUAGAGAAAUGCGAGGGAGUUAGGGCAGCCAUGAGCCUUCAGGGCGAGGCCCCGCAUCCUCCAAGCCUCCCGUCCCCAGAUAGGGAGUCCCUGGCGCUAGCCUUGACCCACACCCAAAAUGCACCUGAGGGCUGCGCUCUACAGAGGGCAUCCUGCCUGGGCCUGAACAAGCCAUUGCUGGCCACGGGGGAUAGUCCAGCACCCUCCAUUGGGGACCUAGCCGCCUGCGCCCCCUCACCCUCUCCUUCAGCCACCCCUAUGCCCUGCAGCCUCGGGCCCCUGCCCCAUGAAGACCCCCCCACCUCUCCCUCCAGUACCACCAGAGCCCAAGGUGGGCUGAGGAGGCAGCUGCCAGCAUCUCCAUCCUGCAGGGACCCUUCCAGCCCCCAGCACCCACUGGCCUAUUCUCCUACCCAGGCGCCUCUGGAAGAGGCAGAUGCUAUCCCAGCCCACACAGAUACUGGGGCUGGGGAUCCCCCGGUGGCUCCCCCACCUUUGACCACAAGCCCGUGUGAUCCUAAGGGAGCCCUGGCUCACUGCAUCCUCCAGGGGGAGGGCAGCCUCCUGGAAGAGCCUUCCUCCCGACGUCCUGGCUCAGUCAGUGCCGUAGCCUACACUCACGGCAGGGGCAGCCCUGAAGACAGCACUUUAAGAAUUCCAGAGGAUUCCAGAAAAGAGAUGCUGUGGGAGUCUCCUGGCCGAGCCACCUCUCCUCCCCUGGCAGGGGCUGUUUCCCCCACCAUGGCCCUGAGGGCUGCUGACCUGUCCAGCACUCUCACCAAAGAUGCGCCACAGGCAGGCAGAGGACCCCCAGGGCUGGAACCCCAAAGCAGGGGAACCCCAUCCCACACCAAUCCUGACAGGAUACCCAGAGGCCACUCAUAUUCACCAAGCAAUGCUGCCCUCCUCGGCCAUAGGGAAGCCCACGCUGUCACAGCUGUGCCCACUGAGUCUCCCAUACCACCGGGUGCAGGGACGGACUUCCCCACCUGCCUGGAAGGUGAGGCAGGGACCAGCAGCAAGGGGCCGGAGCACCCAGGGACCUCUGAGGCUGGGCACUCUGGUGCUACCAAAGUGCCCAGCAUCACCUGCCCUUCCGCAGGGCUCUGCUUGGGCGUAACCACAGCUCCAAGCAGCACAGCAAGUGACUUCCAGUCUGACUCCCCCAAAAGCCACAGAAAUGCCUCCCACCAGACUUCUCAGGGGGACACCCUCCGUCCCCAAGACCUCAAACAGGGGCCUCGUGGCUAUAAAAAGAAGCCAGUGUCUACAGAGAACGGCCAGGCUGCACUCGGGCCUGUGACCUGUGAGAUCUGCACAGCUUCCUUCCGCUCCCGGCCGGGCCUGAGCCGGCACAAGGCCAGAAAGCACCGGCCACGCCCGGGAGCACCCCCACAGCCGAGCCCAGCGGCCCUGCCUGCUCAGCAGCCUCCGGGGUCCCCAACCCAAAAGUGCCAGCCCCCCAGAAAGAAGAGCCACAAGGCACCUGGGAAGGAGAGACCAAGCCACGUCACCCGGGGCUUGAAGGAGGUUCUCAGGACACCCGGCUCCGCACCCAGCCAGCAGCAGCACCCCCCAAGCCCUGCUGAAAACGGGGUGGAUGUGAAGGCUCCAGCCUCCAAGCCAAGACCAGACCAGGUCGGGGAAGAUGAGCUCCAUCCCAAACAGGCAGAGAAAAGAGAAGGCCGGAGGCGACACAGAGAGCCCACGAUGGACUCCGCCAGCCACUCCAAGGGGAAGUCAAGUGAGAAAGCAGGAAAGCUGAGAGGGAGAAGGCUCCGGGAGGGCAGCGCUCCUCCAGUCUCUCCGGAAGAGAGUUCAGAUGGGCGCGGCCCCAGACCAGCCUCCGCCACGGCCAGCUCCACGGCCCCCCCUAGCCACUGCCUCCCUGUGGAAGGACGGCCUGAGGCUGACAAGGAACAGCCACCUCGCUGGACCACGCCUGGGCCUAGGGUGAUGGAGGGUGCUGCGGGGACUGACCUGGAGGCUCUGUGUGCAGUGGAGACUGGGACCCAGAAGCUACCUGGAGAUCAGCUGCUGCGUCCAGGGAGGAUGGACGGUGCAGCUCUCGGGGAACAGCCAGUUGGGCAGAAGGGAGCCUUGGCGAGGGGGCUCCGGAGACCGAGAGAGACCAAGGCAUUGGGUGUUUGCCAAGAGUCUGGGAGCACACCGGCGGACGACAGCAGUGGGGCCCACAGCGGGUCUGAGGAAGGCGUCUGGGAGGAGCUCGCGAGCCCCUUGGGUGCCCUGGGUUUUCCCAAGACUUCCAGCUCUCCAGUGGACAGCACCACCAGCGGCUGCCUCCAGGGCCUCCCGGAGAACCCAGACACCAAGGGUGGAGUCCAGGGGCCUGAGGGCCCCACUCCUAAAGCCCCCGGCUCCAGUGCGGAGGAUCCUCCAAGCUUGUUUGAUGACGAGGUCUCCUUCUCCCAGCUCUUCCCCACCGGCGGCCGCUUGACCCGAAAGAGGAACCCGAGGGUCUAUGGGAAGCGCUGUGAGAAGGCAGAGCCCCAGCUGCCUACCCAGCCCAGCGUGGAGGAGGGCCCCACACUCGGCCCAGCCUGCCUCCCCACGGACCUCAGCGACUCCGGCUCCCUCUGCCUCUGCCAUGAGGCUCCGUGGGAGGACGAGGACCCCACAGGCCUGCCUGAGUCCUUCCUCCUGGAUGGGUUGCUCAGCAACAGGGUGCCUGGCAUCGACCCCUGGGCCCCCAGCCUCAGCCUGUGGGCCCUGGAGCCUGGUGAGGAAGCCAGUGCAGAGAAGCUGCCUUCCCAUUGCCCUGAGGACGAUCAGCCCGAGGCCAUUCCCGAGCUGCACAUGGUCCCGGCAGCUUGGCGAGGACUAGAGCUGCCGGUCCCUGACAAUGACGCCUCCUCUUCUCUUGGAGACGUGAGCCCUGAGCCCCCCAGCCUGGAGAGAGAACGCUAUGACAGUGGGCUGCCCGGGAAUGCCCACCUGCUGCCGCUCCAGGCCGCGGACUUGGAGACACUGAGCUCCGAGUUUGAGAUGCGAGACCUGUGCUUUCUGGGACCCUUUGAAGACCCCACACGUCUCCCAACCGCCAGCUUCUUAGACUUCGAGGCCACGGCGAGCUCCCGGGGGCCACAGAACGGAAGGACGGAGGCGGCCACGGGGGCGGGGAGGGUCCAAGGCCGAGGGCGGCUGACCAAGGGCAAGCGGGCCUCCUACAAGUGCCGGGUGUGCUUCCAGCGCUUUCGCAGCCUGGGCGAGCUGGAUCUGCACAAGCUGGCCCACACGCCCGCGCCACCGCCCACCUGCUACAUGUGCGUGGAGCGCAGGUUCGGCUCGCGGGAGCUGCUGCGGGGGCACCUGCAAGAGAGACACGCACAGAGCAAGGCGGGUCCCUGGGCCUGUGGCAUGUGCCUGAAGGAGGUGGCCGACAUCUGGAUGUACAAUGAGCACCUGCGGGAGCAUGCCGCCCGGUUCGCCCGCAAGGGGCAGGCGCGGAGGUCUCUGGGGGACCUGCCCAGGGGCCUGCAGUGCGGCAGCGCCAUUGCCCAGCUCCUGAGCGGCAUCAUGGAACCCACCCCCAAACCUCACAGGGACAAGCACUCCGUUGGCAAGGCAAGUGGGAGCCCGGGAGACUCCUCGGGGCCGGAGGGAGAGGCCGGGAAAGACAGCAGGAGCGAGAGGGCGAAACCCGGCUGGCGCAGCACCCCCAGCCACCCAGACAGGGCCAUGACACCAGACAGCGUCUGUCCCAAAGCCCUGGCCAACCCGGGCAGCCCUGCAGCCUGCGAGAAGCCCGCUCCAGCCUGCAGCUCGGCCCUGCUCCCGGGUCCCGCCAAGACGACCCCCAUCCUGUCCCCAGACUCCUGGACCGGCGGGGAGCCCCUCCUGCAGGCCGUCCCAGUGCACGAGGCCUGCAAGGACCCCUCCCGCGACUGCCACCACUGCGGGAAGCGCUUCCCCAAGCCGUUCAAGCUGCAGCGCCACCUGGCGGUGCACAGCCCACAGCGCGUCUUCCUGUGUCCCCGGUGCCCCCGGGUCUACUCCGAGCACGGGGAGCUGCUGGUGCACCUGGGCGGGGUGCACGGGCUGCAGGAGCCGCUGGAGCUGCAGCACACACCACUCUACGCCUGCGAGCUCUGCGCCACGGUCAUGCACAUCAUCAAGAAGUCCUUCGCCUGCAGCUCCUGCAACUACACCUUUGCCAAGAAGGAGCAGUUUGACCGCCACAUGGACAAGCACCCCCGGAGAGGGCAGCAGCCCUUCACGUUCCGUGGUGUGCGGAGGCCGGGAGCUCCAGGGCAGAAGUCCCGGGCCCUCGAGGGCACACUGCCCAGCAAACGGCGCAGGGUGGCCAUGCCCGGCAGUGCCCCCGGGCCUGAGGAGGACAGCCCCACCCUGAGCGAGGGGUCCCUCCCAGCCCUGCUCCAGCUCUGCCCGGAGGUGGCUCCCAACACCAUCAAGGGAUGGCCCGAGACCCUAGAGAGGCCUGCAGACCCUGGGACCCUCCCGAUCAGGGGUUGCGAUCGGCCAUCUGACCACCAGGAGGGUCCCCCGCCGUCUCUGUCUCCCUACCCAGCUGCCUUGGCUGAGGGCAGAGGGGACUGCGAGCGGGACAGAGCCCUAGAGAGGCCAGAGGAUGAGGCUUCCGCAAGCAGCCCUGGGACUCUUCUCCAGCAAGCGCUUCCACUGGGGGCAUCUGUGCCACGGCCGGGAGCCAGAGACCAAGAUGCAGAGGGAAAGAGGGCUCCCCUCCUGUUCUCAGGGAAACGCAGGGCCCCAGCUGCCCGAGGCAGAGGUGUCCCUGACCAUUUCCAGCAAGAUCCUGCCCUGCUUACAAAACAGAAGCAGGUGUCCUCAAGCCACCUGGCGUCUGAGGGGGGCCCUGGAGGCCCCUUCCACAAGGGCAGUGCCACCAAGCCUGGGGGCUGUCAGAGCUCAUCAAUGGACAGGUCGGCAGCAUCCACCCCCAACAAAGCGCCCAAGUUCCCAGUGCAUCCAAGGAAGGUGGUGGGGAGCCUGGCACCCGGAGAGCUGGCCCAUGGCACAGAGAACGGGAUGAAGCCCGACACCCCCAAAGCCAAACCAGGCCCCAGCCCCCAGGGCAGUGGAAGCCCUCGGCCUGGCACCAAGACAGGCGGUGGCAGCCAGCCCCAGCCAGCCAGUGGGCAGCUCCAGAGUGAGACAGCCACUACCCCAGCCAAGCCUAGCUUCCCCAGCCAGAGCCCUGCACCAGACAGGCUCCUGCCUCGAGCGCAGGCCAAGAGCUGCACGAAGGGGGCAAGGGAAGCUGGUGAGCAGGGGACCCACGGGAGCCCAGGUCCCAAUGAGAAGGGAGAAAGCAGCAUGAAGAGGAAAAAGAGCCAGGCCCCGGGAGCAGCCAGGACUGAGAGUGUGGGGAGCUUCGGGAGAGCCCCCUCGGCCCCUGACAAGCCUCCCCGGACCCCUCGGAAGCAGGCAGCUCCCAGCCGUGUGCUCCCGGCCAAGCCCAAGCUCAACAGCCAGAAGAAACCCAGGCCACCGCCCUCAGAUCAGCAGAAGGCAGAGCCGGGCCACGUGCACAGAAAGGACAGACUGGGCAAGGCCUUCCCCCAAAGGCGACCCCCACUCAGGCCCCCCAAGAGAGGCAGAGCUGUCCACGGUGCUGAACCUGCAGAGCCACACACCCGCCGGACCGCCGAGGCCCAGAGUGACCUCCUUAGCCAGCUCUUCGGGCAGAGACUAACUGGAUUCAAAAUCCCUUUAAAGAAAGAUGUUUCUGAGUAAUUUAUAGGAGCAAGAGCCUGGGAGCAGAGCUGGGGGCGGCCAGCUCCAGCUCCCUGAGACGGUUCACUCUGUGGCCACUUGACUUCUUGUGCCCUGAUGUCAGAGCUGAGGUUGUGACACUUUGAACAGGGCCCAGGGUGGCCCUUUCUUGCUGGAAGGCUGCGGGUAAAAGAUGGGGCCACUGCAGCCCCUUUGAGACCACACAGCUGCUUUCUUGGUACCAAGUACUUGAAGAGACAGCACCUUAUCCCCCCCACCCACAGCCUUGUGCCCUGUUGGCAAGGCACCGACGCCAUAGAAGCCAAUAUUUGGAGAUUUGCACAGCCUCCCAUUCCCCAUACGAAGCAGGGAAGUAAGUCGAGGCAGCCAUGGGAUGAUGGCAGGUUCCCUCUUAGUCUUGCUGCUGCUGCUGGAGUUCCAAAGUGACCUAAGAAACCACGUAGGGGAAGGCAGCGCUCACCACUUAGAAGAGCUGCUUCUGAGCCGCCUGGUCCCCCAAGAGCACAACAGGCCUCCUCCCUCUGACCACAGGCUCGUGCCAGCCUCUGCUUGUGCUGCCACAGAAAAGCCCAUCUCUAGCGCACCUUGACCCCGGGAACCAGGUUACCAUGUGGAACCGGGAAGAAACAGCACCUGUGCCAGCUCCCAUGGGUCCUCCCGGUCCCCCCCCCCAGCCUCCAUGGCCGCCUCCUGGAGCCCACCUGCUGUACGGAGCUCUGGGCUCUGCCUAUCUGCAAUGUUACUCUGAAGUUUCUGGUGCUAUUUUGGUGUUGUAAUGUGAA